AUGUCCACCAACUACAAUAAGAUGACUUCGCCAUUCUUCCAGCUGGACAAGAAGGAAAGGAUGCUCCCCGAUACCCCAUACUACCAACCACCCCAGCAACAGACUGGAUUGAACAUCCCCACCUCUGAGCCCUCCCCCUUCAACAACGCCUUCUUCUCCUCCUCUUCCGCCCCCGCCCAACCAGCAACCCGUACGUGCGCAACCACCCGAACCCCCUCCCACUGCUCCACCUCCUCCUCUUGCUCCUCCACCUCCAGGAACGCCCGCGCCGAAGACAAAGCUGCCUACAAGGCCCAAAAGCGCAUCCUCAAAGACCAAGCCAACCACGCAAAACAACAAGCCCGCUCCGAUGCUAAACAGCUUAAAGCCGAACGGUCCCUCACUCAGCGGCAAGAAAAGGACCUCCGCCACGAGAUCAAACACCAGGCGAAGCAGUUUAAGCAUGAGAUUAAGCACCAGUGUAAGGAGUUGAAGAAGGAGUUGAAGCAUCAGCAUCAUGCGCACAAGUAUGGCAGGCAGAGUUACGCUGUUCCUUCGGUGCCCAGCGUUCCUGGUGCUCCUUCGGUGCCCUCUUACGCCUCGCCACCCUCGCAAUUGGUUCAGUCCCAGCCUUAUGGAUUCUACCCCCAACCCGUCCCUGUCCUGGUCUCCUCACCUCUGAACCAAGACUUGACAGUGUAUGACUGCAGCCGCGGCAGGACCCGAUACGGACAACAUUACCGCCACCACACUCACCAUCACAAUGGCGGCCCCCACCCAGUCCGCCUAGUCCACAGCGUUAUCAGUCGAGCCCUGACCGGAGUCUCUAACCACCUUGAGCAACAAGUCCGACAUCUCCAACAGGAACGUCAACAGCAUGAGCAACAAAGAACUACUGUCACCGUCGCCCCAGCUCCCCUCUUGGCCACCUCUACUUCUACUCCCGUGAUGCAGUACCGUCCCCCCGCUGGUCCUCCUCCAGCACCUGUGGUUUCGGGAGGUGAUAGUAAAGUUGGACUUCAGGACCCUAUGUUGGUUUACUCCAUGUCCAACAUGUCCCUCGGUUCCUCUUCAUCUUCGUCGCCUGCUUCGAGUUCGAGUUCAAGACCCCUACCAGCGAUGCCCGUUCCACACGCCAUCCCACGCCCUGAUUUGGUCCAACAGGACCAAGAACAGGAAGAGGAGGAUAAUGCGGUGCCUCCACCUUCUUAUGAAGAUAGCUUUUCUACCCGCCGUGCAUAA